GGGAGAAUAAAAUAAAAGAAAGAAAAAAAAUGGGGGAGAGAUAAAGAAUUGAGGAUAGUGGAAGACCUCACGGCUGUAGGAUUCAAGGGUGGAACAUUGCCGGAUCACCAGCAGAACUUAAGGGUUUGUUCUUGCCAAUGCUUAGAUUCACCAAAGAGGUCCAAGUAGAGAAGAUAUCAUUUAUGCUAUAUUUUGGCUGGUUUUGGGGCUGUUAAAAUCAGCUGUUUAGCAGACCCUGCAGGUGCUGAAUUCCAAGUUUCAAAGAGAAACCAUGCUGGUUGCAGGUGUUAGCAGUAUGAUCCUUAUAAAUAAGAGGAGAGUGGUGGAAAUCUUCUCUGCAAGUGUGACUAAACUUUGGAAUGAAUGGGAAAUUCGAGUAGUAGUUUUACUCAGCCUCUUCUUCCAAAUUGUCCUCAUCCUGUUUGGCAACCGGAGGAAAUAUAUAGCCAGAAACUGGGUCAGAGUCAUUAUUUGGCUCACCUACUUAGCUGCGGAUUGGAUUGCAGCGGUUUCUCUUGGAUCUCUUUCCAACCUGGAAGGAGACAUUGAAGAUAAGUCAUCGGAAUUAAACAAUGUGCUUUGGGCAUUUUGGGCACCAUUUCUGCUGCUGCACCUUGGCGGCCCAGACACCAUCACAGCCUAUUCUCAGGAAGACAAUGAGUUAUGGCUAAGGCAUUUGCUUGGGCUAUUCGUCCAGUUUUGUGUGGCAUUUUACAUCUUUCUUAGAUCUUGGAAGGGCAAACUGCUUAAUAUUCUAGCAAUUCCAAUAUUUGUAGCUGGACUCAUUAAGUACAGUGAGAGGACUUGGGUUCUAAGGUCUGCAAGCAGCACUCAUUUUAGAGAUUCCAUGCUCCCUCGUCCUGACCCAGGGCCUAAUUAUGCCAAAUUCAUGGAUGAAUUUGUUUUGAAAAAACGCGAGGGAUAUAAUGUUUCAAUACGGCUAGGAGCAGAAAUUUCUAAGAUGAUUAGUCGUUCUCAUCCAGCUGCAAUAAACAACAGUAUCCCAGAUGCGGCCAAUUUACAUGAUGCUUAUUACUUCUUCAAUACUUUCAAGCGUUUAUUUGCAGAUCUCAUUCUUAGCUUCCAAGAUCGCAGAUACAGCCAAUCCUUCUUCCAGAAUACAUCUUGGGAGGAAGCAUUCAAAGUGAUUGAGAUUGAGCUUGGAUUUAUGUAUGAUGUGCUCUAUACAAAGGCAGUUGUGAUUUAUUCUAGAUGCGGCUUUCUACUUCGCUUCAUCAGUCUAUCCUUCACAGUUUCUGCAUGCAUAGCCUUCUCGGUGUUUGUUAAGCAUCAGUACUCAGUUAUUGAUGUGAUUAUAACAUUCUUGUUGCUGGUUGGAGGAAUUAUUCUAGAGAUGUAUGCCAUUAUUGUACUACUUUCCUCAGAUUGGACUAUGCUUUGGUUGAGUCAGCACAAAAACCCGCUUGCAGAUCUCAUCUACCGAUCCAUCUCUUGUUGCCAAUUUUGUUUUCUGUUUUCUUCACGGAAGAGAUGGUCCAACUCCAUGGCACAAUACAAUUUAAUAGGUUUCUGCAUCAAAGAUAAGCCCAUCAAGUUCCUUGGAGUUCAAAAGUUCUUUCACAUUUAUCAAAUGUUAGAGGAGCAUCACUACAAGAGUUUCACUGUUGUCUCCCCAGAUUUGAAAAGAUUAAUCUUUGAACAACUUCUAGAUAAAUCAAGAAGUGCAUCAGACAUCAAGGCAUGUAGGCAAUUAUGUGCUCAUCGAGGUGAUCAGGUACUUGGAGAAAUGGACUGUUUUGCUAAAUUUGGUUGGAGCAUUGAGGCAGAAUUCGAUGAGAGCAUCCUUCUCUGGCACAUUGCAACCGAUCUCUGCUACUAUACUGAUUUAAAUAAAAAUUCUAUCUCUGUCAAGAACACAAAAUGUGAAGCAUGCAAGUUGCUAUCUGAUUAUAUGUUGUAUCUUCUGGUAAUGUGUCCCUUCAUGCUACCUGAUGGAAUUGGACAGAUCAGAUUCCAAGACAGCUGUGCUGAGGCCAGAGUGUUUUUUCAGGAUAAGAAGCCUAUAACAAAUAGAAUCCAAGCUAGUGAAAAGUUACUUCAAGUUAGCACUGAAAUUCUACCCUCAGAAGUAAAAGGAGAUAGAGGCAAGUCUGUGCUAUUUGAUGCCUGCAGGCUGGCUAACUCUCUGCAAUCCCUGGAGAGAGAGGAGCAAUGGCAGUGUGAAAAGAAAUGGGGGAUGAUUAGUCUUGUGUGGGUGGAGAUGCUAUGUCAUGCUGCAAAUCAGUGUCGAUGGAAUCACCAUGCCACGCAGCUCAGGCGAGGCGGAGAACUUCUCACUCAUGUCUGGCUUCUCAUGGCUCAUUUUGGUAUUACUGAACAUUUCAAGAUUUCACAAGGCUAUGCUAGGGCCGAGCUGGUUGUCAGUUGAUUAGUUUGAUGUCCCACAAGAUAUCUGAAUUGGUUGCAUAGUGUAAAAUAGGAUGACUGUUGACUAAGAGUAAGAUUGGGACUAUUGCAUCA